UUCAAGUUUGUGUCUCAUAACUAACGCAUCAAAACUAUCUACUUAUUAUCGCUCAACGACAGAAAAAUUUGUCGUAAGAAUGGUGAAAAGCUCUCGUUCAAUGUUGUUGUUGGUCUGCUUAUCAUUUUUGGUGAUUGUUUCAUCUCCACAAAAUGGUGUUCAAGCGGACAUCUAUGUGGGCAGCUGCUCACCAGCAACCGCAAAGGACUACGUCUACAAUUGUGAUCGAAAGUGUAAAGGUCUUGGAUACAAAUCAGGACAUUGUGGUAGCUGGUGGUGGGUCAAUUGUUGGUGUGACCAAGACUAAGAUAUUUAUUGUUAACCUGGACACAAGAUGGUGGUAAUAUGUAUUCAAUAUAUUUGAUAACACCAUUCGAAUUGACUGAUUUUGGAAAUAUUCUUCAUUUAAUAAAUUGAAAUUGAUAAUACAUAUUUAACAAUGCUUUAGGUUAAUCCAUGUACGAUGUGACUUCAAUAAAUUAAGCUCUGAUUAAUAAUAAUAUGACAUGUUUUAGCAUUAUAAUCUAACCUCCUUCUAAAUAAAAAUU